AUGCAAUUCUGGUCUGUGUUAGGCGUCGCCGGCCUGGCUUUGGCCCAGAGCUGUCCUGCUGUCAAUCCCUCCUCUUCAGCCAUCGCUCAGGCUGUCAUCCCUACUGCGACUGCAACCUCCCUAGGUAGUACGCAGAGUACCGUGACUGCUACAACCGCAGUGCCUACUACAUCUUCCACCGCUGUUGUAGUUGCCACGGAUGCCUCCGGUCAAUUCACUGCCAUCGGCGAUGCCAUCUCCUAUGCUCAGUCCAAGGGCAUCCCCACGGUCACCGUCAAGGCCGGCACAUACACUCAAGCCGUGACCAUCUCGGCCACAGCAACCGUGACUGUCAUCGGUGAAUCAUCCAGUCUCCGAGACUAUAGUCAAAACAAAGUCACCAUCUCCGCUCCUAGUCCGCUGACCAUCACCUCCAACGUCCUCGAGAUUACCUUCCGCAAUGUCAACUUUGUGAACACGGCGACUGGAAGCUAUGCGGCUGCGACCAUCCGCGGCUUCAAGAAUGCAUUUUACGGCUGUCAAUUUAUCUCAUCCGGCAGUCUGGGUAUCAAUGCCAAUCUGGGCCUUGCCAUCAUUGCCGACAGUUAUAUCGAAGCGUUGGACAAGGUUAUCUACGGGUAUCCUGGUCUGUAUAUUUACAACACCACGGUCGUACCCAUCAACUCCAAUGCAUUGCUUGUGUACAACAAGGGUGCUACCGCCAACUCAGUCCUUUACAACUCCACCGUCGUCUUUGAUUCCUGCUCGGUGCAGCAGAAAUCGGGCACCAGCACAAAGAAUGUCUAUCUCGGAGCGGCCAAUAAUGGGUACGGGUCAGUGGUCAUUUACCGGAACUCAGCUCUUGGCAGCUUGAUCACAGCGUCGGGGGCCUACACUGACAGCUAUGCUCUGGACCCUCGCAACUUCUAUGGUGAAUAUGGAGACUCUGGCGUAGGCUCCUAUGAAAAUAACCAAGCUGUGCGGUCGCAAUAUGUUCACCUGCUGAGUGCAUCCGAUCUCGCCCGGUUCUCUCCAGCCCAGGUUUUCGCCAGUGUCUACUAUCAGUUCGCAGCAACUAACACCGAUUGGGUCGAUUCUGACAUUUUGGGCGCUAUUCAAAGCGCCGAUGUUCUUCAGUCAUCAACAUCCAGUGCCAGCACGAUGACCUCCUCUACAACGAGCGCGGCCGCUACGAGUACCUCGACGUUUGUGGUCUCACGAAAUGCCACUACUGGGCAGUACCGUAAUGUCACUGCGGCUAUCGCUGCUCUGCCCAGUGAUGGCAAGGAUUACACCAUUUACAUCUUAGCGGGUACCUACACCGAACAGAUCUCGAUCACGCGGUCUGGGAAGGUUACUUUGCGCGGCGAGACUCUGUUUGAGAAUGACUACACGCAGAAUCUUGUCACCAUUGAAUUUAGCAAUGGGGAGCUCACUAGUGCGGGCAAAGACGAGAGCACACCCGUCAUCUACGCGAAGAAAACUGACGGCUCUGGCUUAGCCCUGUAUAAUAUUAACUUCCAGAACACCUAUCCUCAGACCAGCAACACAGCCGCAUUGGCUGCGGACUUCUAUGGCACCAAUAUGGCGGCUUACGGCUGUUCGUUUAUUGGAUUCCAGGACACCUUGCUCACUAACAAGGGCACUCAAGUCUUUUCCAACUGCUACAUCGAAGGAUCUAUUGAUUUCAUUUGGGGGUUCUCGACCGCCUAUUUCCACCAAUGCUACAUCGCUACAAACACCCCUGGAGCCUGUAUUGCAGCGCAGAGUCGUUCCUCGUCCACUGCGUCGGGCGGUUAUGUCUUCGAUACCUGUUACGUCACCUAUACCAGCAGCUACGGCUCGACCUACGGUAAAUCAUAUCUCGGUCGGCCAUAUUCGGAGUAUAGCAUCGCAGUAUAUCUGAACUCCUACUUGGACAAGCACAUCAAUGCUGCCGGCUGGCAACAGUGGUCGACCAGUUCGCCAAACACCGAGUUUGUCACUUUUGGCGAAUUCAACAAUACUGGUCCGGGAGCAUGGUCGUCAAGCCGCGUCUCUUAUGCUACCAACCUGACGGCAACGCAGGCGGCCUCCUAUACCUUGUCGUCGUGGGUAGGCGACACUUCUUGGCUGGACAUGACUGCUUACCACUAUGUGCCUUCGUACAGUCUGACCGGAGCAUCGAGCACGACCAGUACUAACACUUCAACGUCGGCUGCCACCGCCACUUGGGCGCACCCAACUAGCGGCACUGUGCCUCCCUCGGGUGCAGUGCUUGUCUCGCCCGGAUGUGCUGUGAAUGGGUCGUACAGUAACUUGACUGAUGCACUGGCGUCUCUGCCUGAUGAUUCCUCCACCCAAAUUAUCUUCUUAUAUGCGGGCUCGUAUGAGGAGCAGGUGCCGUCAGUGAACCGUGAUGGGCCAGUUAUGAUUAUCGGCUACCAGAGUGGAAGCCCCGGUGCCACAUAUCAGAACAAUCAAGUUACCAUCACCUUCUCGCGAGGCUUGUCGGUCAGCCCGUUGCCGACUGGUCAUUCUGAUGCCGAAACGGCUACAUUCGCAACCGCCAGCAAUCAGAUCGCCCUGUACAACAUCAACAUCAUCAAUACCGCCAAUCUUGAUGGCUCCCAGUCAUCGUAUGUGACUCUGGCUGGUUCUAUUUACGGAUCCGAGAUUGGCUUCUACGGUUGUAGCCUUGUUGGUUGGCAAGAUACCCUUUUGACCGGCAGCACGACUGGCUACCAGUACUACGAAUCAUCUUACAUUGAGGGUGCCAUUGAUUUCAUUUGGGGCUAUUCCAAGGCCUACUUCAAAGGAUGCACUAUCGGUGCCAAGCGGCAGAAGUCUGCCAUCACUGCCCAAAGCCGUGCUUCGUCGACUGCGAUUGGCGGCUAUAUCUUUGACCAGUGCCUGUUUGAGGCCGCCAACGAUGCUACGGUCGAUCUGACCGAGCUCGUGUACUUGGGCCGGCCGUACUCAAAAUAUGCUCUUGUUGUUGUGAAGAACUCUUAUCUUUCGGACAUAAUUCACCCCUCCGGCUGGAAGAUCUGGAGCACAUCUGAUCCUCGCACCGACUAUGUCACCUUUGCUGAGUACAACAACUCUGGGCCUGGCAACUGGGAAAAUAAUGCUGCGUCUCGAGAAGCCUUCGGCUACUGUUCACUGUUAACCUCGGACACAUACACGCUGGACAACGUCAUGGGAUCAACUGAUUGGAUUGAUAUGACUUACUGGGAUUCGAUCGUCACCCCUCAGCCCGCAUCGACGACGACUAUUACCACUGGUACAAACUCAACCACGGUGUACGAUGGAACUACUCCUCCGGCUGGAGCUUACAUUGUCUCAAAAACCGCCAUCGCCAAUGUGACAACCUACGACACGAUUCAAAGUGCACUCAAUGCCCUGCCAACCUCCAGUAAAGUGACACCCACUGUCUUCAUCUACCCUGGUACGUACGAGGAGCAAUUAGUUGUCAAUCGUUCUGGUACCACGAUCUUCAUUGGAUACUCGGACGAUCAUCUCGACUACUCUAGAAACCAGGUGACGAUUCAAUAUAAUCACGGGGUGGACACGCAGGCCGAUCAGUCCAAUUCGGACAGCGCCACUGUUUACGCCACGGGUAACUACUUCCAGGCUGUGAAUAUCAACUUCGUGAAUAACUUUGGAACCACUAAGAAUUACGCCUCGCUUGGUUUUGCGGUGAAGUCCAGCAAGUACGCCUCACUUUACGGUUGCCAGGUGACAGGCAAUCAGGAUGCGCUGUUGAUCAACGGCUAUUUUUUCGCCAGCAACAGCUAUAUCGAAGGCAACAUUGAUAUGAUCUGGGGUUCUGGCUCUGGUUACUUUCUCAACUCAACGAUUUCGCCUAACGAGGACGGGGUAAACUUGACAGCUGACAAGCGCUCCACCAGCACCAGCGUCGGUGGCUUUGUCUUUGAUCAGUGCACCGUCACUCCGGCCUCCGGAGCAGGCAGCAUGUCUGAGAUCUCAUUGGGUCGUCCGUGGAAUAGCUAUGCUCGGGUGGCAUAUGUGGAAUCCUACCUCGACUCCUGCGUGGAAGCGGCUGGGUGGGAGCAAUGGUCUUCAAGCAGCCCCCAAACCGACGGGGUGCUGUUCGGUGAGUAUCAGAACCAUGGCCCUGGCUCGUCAACCGCCAAUCGGGCGUCAUUCGCAACGAUACUGAAUGCCAGUACGGUUGCCCAGUUCGAGCUCACCAAUUUUUUUGCCUCGACUUCCUGGAUUAAUCUUACUCUCGUUGACGGCACUCCUUUCGUACCAGGGAGCUCGACGAUCCUGCCUGUUACCAGCGCCAGCGCCAUCCCCACCACUUCGGCGCUGGUUGCAGCUACUCCAACCGCGACUGUCACUACCGUUGUAACUAUCACCGACAAGGAGACUGCGUUUACGACGCUCACUCCUGCCGAUCGUACCUCGACUAUUAAGUUGACGAUCACGGAGGACAUUGGCACCACCGUGACUCUGGCUGAGUCUUUCAAGACUACCGUGAAAAAGACCACAAUUUCGAGCACCACGACUAUUGUGGAGCCGACAGUGACGAGCAUCAAAUCGGCUGUAAUCACCAGCUCAGCUAUCGAGACUGUCACUGCUUCUGCUAGCACCAGAACCACCACGGUCAAGGACACGACAACAGUCACCGCGACUGUCACCGAGGGUGAUGUCACUACCAGGGUCAAGAGCACGGUAACAGCCAUGCGCACGAUCACUUCGUCUGCCAAGGCUAAGACGGUUACCUCAAUUGUGGCCAGUACGACAACUAGUCUCAAGACAUCCACUCCAGGCACCGUCAAGCUCACUUCGUACACGACCAUCACCAAGGGUAGCGGUGGCACGACCACCAAGAGCACGAAGGCCACCACCACCACCGUGGAUGUGACCUCUACCAAGACUCGCACAAAGACUGUCACGACCACGCUGAACUGUAUCCCGGCAGCCAAUGUCAAACGCGAUCUGAUCUUGCCCCGGGCCACGGUGAACGUGGCUACCGUCACUCAAUACACCACUCUGACGGCCUAUGUUCAGACCUCGACCGACAAGCUAGCCUCGCCCACGGCGUAUGUCACAUCCACAACAACUAAGACCAUUGGCAAGACAUCUACGGUUAAGGCCUCGACCAGCACAAUCACUAGCGUCUCCGCGACAACCAAGAUAGCCACCGAGACCGUCAAAGCCGUCACGGUGAUUUUGACGGAGAGUAGCACUACAGUCGUCGCGAAGACCACUACUCUCAAGCCUAGUACAAUCACCAGCACUAUCACUUCCGCGGCCACCAAGACCUCGACCGUGUCUGUUCCGGGUGCGACGGUGACAGUGACUAGUCUGAAAACGACGACCAUUAAGUCGACGAUCACCUUGCCGCAGACUACCGUCACCAAGACUAAGGCAACGGUGAGCACGAUCAAGGAGACCGUCACGCUGGCAACGCCCACAACCACCAUCCUUAAGACGACUACGGUUAGCCUCAAGCCAUCAGUAACGAUCACCGAGCGAGCGACCAGCACUCGUACGGCUACUGUUAAGGAGACGGUCACUGAGAUCACCACAGUGACCAAGACGUCCAAGAGCGCCAAGGCUUGCGCUACCUAA